AUUUUUCCGGAACGGAAUUUCAGUUCAGCUCCGCGCGUCUGGCGGGACGCUACAUCCGCUGGAUGGACCUAAUUAUACGUACAAAAGAUCUCUCUCCGUCGCAGCCGGAUAUUACACGAUAUGCAGGAUACGUGGAAACGCCACGCAAGCUGCCAGGACUGGAAUUUCAGUGCCUUCUCCGUCAAAGACCCGUCAAGGACGUAUUACAAACCAGGAAUGACUGGUUUAACGCGGUGAUCCCGACCCCCAGGAAAGAUGGCGGUCUUCGGUUUGGUCUCGGCAGUGGCCGGAUUCGUCAAGGUCCGGUAUCUGAUCGACAAGGCGAUCAUCGACAACAUGGUCUUCAGGGCCCACUACAGGAUCACCUCGGCGAUCCUGUUCGCCUGCUGCAUCAUCGUCACGGCCAAUAAUUUAAUAGGUGACCCAAUAAAUUGCAUAUCCGACGGAGCGGUGCCCGGCCACGUGAUAAAUACCUACUGUUGGAUCACGUACACCUUCACGCUGCCGGAGAACUCGAUGAAGCCCGUCGGCACCCACGUGGCCCAUCCCGGGCUGGGCGGGGACACCUCGGAGAAGAGGUACCACUCGUACUACCAGUGGGUGCCGUUCAUGCUCUUCUUCCAAGGGAUCCUCUUCUACGUCCCCCACUGGAUGUGGAAGCAGUGGGAGGAGGGAAAGAUCAGGAUGAUCUCGGAGGGGAUGCGCGGCGCCCUGAUGGACACCAAGCAGGAGCGCCAAAUGCGGACGCAUCGCCUCGUUCAGUACAUCGUCGACACCUUGCACCUGCACAACAGCUACGCCGCCGGCUACUUCUUCUGCGAAGCGCUCAACUUCGUUAACGUCGUUGGCAACAUCUUCUUCGUCGACUCCUUUCUCGGCGGAGCCUUCCUGACGUAUGGCACGGACGUCGUCAGGUUCAGCAACAUGAACCAGGAGCAGCGGAGCGACCCCAUGGUGGAAAUCUUCCCUCGCGUCACCAAGUGCACCUUCCACAAGUUCGGUGCCUCCGGGACCAUUCAGAAACUCGAUGCCCUCUGCGUGCUCGCUCUGAACAUCCUCAACGAGAAGAUCUACAUCUUCCUGUGGUUCUGGUUUAUCCUCCUGGCCGUGCUGUCGGGGCUGGCCCUCCUCUACAGCAUGGCCGUGGUGUUGCUUCCCAGCACGCGAGAGACCAUCCUCAAGAGGCGAUUCAAGUUUGGCACCGCAGCCGGAGUGAAUGCCCUGAUCAGGAAAACUCAGGUCGGAGAUUUCUUGCUGUUGCACCUGUUGGGUCAAAACCUGAACAUCAUGAUGUUCAACGAGGUGCUGGACGAGCUGUGUCGCCGUCUUCACCUGGGCUCGAGCAGUAGGAUGUCGCCGGCCACGGUGCCCUCGGCACCCAGCACGCUGGAGAUGUCGCCGAUCUACCCGGAGAUGGAGAAGUUUUCGAAGGACACCCCCAUCUAGGUCUUGUGAUAAGUCCGCGCCAAACGAUUCCGAGGGUGCCUGCACCUCGGUCGGGCGAACGAUCCGGAAAGAGCUCGUGCCACGGACCGUCAUCCCGACGAAGCUUCCGAUGGCGCCGAGAGAGCCAUUCCCGUGACUCGUUCUCUCUCCGAGAGGAGUCGCAUCGGGAAUUUCGAUUUCGAGUCGCCUCGCCGGAGGAAUCGGUACGUUCGGGCGAUCCGACUAGCCGGGAAGCGUUGCCGUCCGUGGCACGAGGUAGAGAUACGACGAGCGAACGGGCGAUACCUUUGCGGACGCCGGUCGAUCGCCCAGGAAUUACUUCCGAACGAGUCGACCGUCGAAAAUCCUCCGGCUCAAAGGUAUCGCUCGUUCGUCGCGCAUACUUUGAAUUUCGCUAUAGUCCGCACCCUGCGUGCCCCGCGUCCGGCAACUUCUUUCCUAGGCGAGUCGCCGGAUGCCUUUGCCUAACGAUCGCGAAACUCUUUACGGAUACUGGUGCAAUGACUGUACUCGACGCAACGAUUAAGUCGAUCGAAAAGGUUCGCUUUACGGCGAUCGAACUUUCUCGAGCGAGCGUGCACCGCGAUAAAUUCAGCGGCGUCCGUAUCUUUUCUCACCGUUGCAUCGAUACUUUUGCGCACACCGGUUCAUCGACGAAUCUCGCUCGACGCGCGAUCGAGCACUUUGCUUAAGAAAAAUCUGUAAAUCGCGGUAUCUUUCUCGAGAUAUCGAGCGAUCGUAAGCAGUCGUUGACGUAGACGUCGCCGAAUUUAUUUACGGUAUACGAAGGAUGAUCUUGGGGCAAGGAUCGAGUCGCUUUGGAGCAGUGGGCUGUGAUUCGGUCGUUCUAAGCGUCUCGUGAAAUCCGAUCGGACGGGGGUUACCUCGACGACGUAGCUGUGUUACGCGAUGCGAUCGAUACAGCAGGAAUUAGUUUUGCAAUCUUUCGGAACGCGGUUUCGGGUGCCCGGGUACUUCCGGUGACCGGGUCGCCGGGCAAUCUCCGAGUCGAAUCGCGAGCUCGUUAGGACCGAUUAAAUUAACGGUGGACCAAUCGUGCGGCCCUCGACCGCGUCUCGUUCCAUUGCCGGUGGUUGUUGUUUUUCGAAUUUUCCGUCCAGGGUAUUGGCACGACCACCGUUUCGAGUCGACGACGAAGCCUCCCUUUUAGGUCCUUCGCUUUACCAGGACUAAGCGAUUUCGGUCCGAGCCGAGGCUAUCGCACCGAGGUUCGUUUUUAAAAUAAGGAUUCUACGUUAAGGAAUGCAAAAGUGGCAUCCGAGGGGUAAAUCGUUCGUGAAACUUUUCCCCGAACUGGGGGAUAUCGAAUGGUUUUCAAUUUUACAACGCGAGUAAGGAGACUAUAAGCAAGGUCCCGAUCCCCAUGAAAUUUCAUUUUCUAUACAAAAUGUUGAAAAUAUUUAUGAAGAAAUUAAAAAAAAAAAAGAUUGAAAUUUCAUGGGACCUUCCUUGUAGCCUCCAUAUUCGGGUUGUAAAGUUUGAAGCCGUUUGGUGAAAAGUUUCACGAACGGGACCUCUCAAAUGCUUCUUUCGUAUCACCUUAACUCGUAUACAUAUCUUGUAUGUAAUCGCGAGUUGGAGUCACCGAUUGCUGAACCGUUUGGAGAGAAUUUAUAGCCGCUUCGCCGAGCGUGACGGACUCGGCCGGUAAAGAGCGCAAAGCGGGACGAAUUACGGGAGCAAUCGGUGAUAAAUUGUCCUGGACGUUUGCUUAUCAAGUAGUUCCGUUUUCGGCCAACCGAUGUUGCGGCCGCUAGGGCCCGAUUCAGGACACGCUUAUAUGUACGGAACGAGAGAACCGACGUCAAUUUGUACGUCUGGAAUCCGACCGACUUCUUUGCAGAGGAAAUGUACGAAAAUUCGAUGGCACGGGUCCAUUUUUCCGGUGCCGUGUCCUCGCUAGUUUUUCUUGAUUACGGUUAAUUUCCUAAUUACAUACAAUUGAGCUCACUCUUGCUGCAAGAAACACGCGAUUAAACCCUCGUGGAAGGACGAAAAAAAAAUGGGAAGAGUAGCUCCGAAACGCAUACGUCGUACACCGGCACGAGUGACGAUAAUUUAUCGUUUUUUAGGCAAUUUCGUCUCGAGCGCGGAUGCUAGCAAAAUAUUUGAUUUCUUAGUAUCUCCCUUGGCCUUAAUUUCGCUCAUCGUGCUCUUCCUUGACCGCCUCCUGCCUUUUCCACUACUCGCAACCAACGUUCCCAACAAGUAUAUCGCCAUGACCGGUACCGCUAUGAUUUACGUAGUUUUUCUAGAGCUCGGUCGAUCCUACAUAUAGUCCCAUUUCGAGUGAUAUCUUAAGGUAAUCGUUUAAGAGAAUUACACCGAUCGGAUAGAUAUAAUAGUUAUUCGAUAUUAUAACGUGCCUUUCGUAGGUUAAAGACAUUAGAGUACGUUGUACUAAAAGUAACGAGGAUAUAUGCUCACUCGUAUCGACUGCGCGCAAAGUGAGAGGAAGACUGCCAAUUUGUGCAAAGCCGUAAGCAAUUACGAUGCAUAACCAGAAAAUAAAAGGAAACCUGCCGAUACGGCCCGA